GGUUGCAUGGGUUGGCCCUGGUGCCUGGUUGACUUCAGCUGGUGGCUCGUUAUGUUGUCGGUUUUCUUAGCGUCAUUAGUGAGCGCAUUUUUUUCUCCAGAUUGAGCUGAGAAAUUAACGUUAGUGUGUCUUCCAAUCCCCUCGCUUCGUAAAUCAGCUGAGUUCACUUGUUUAAAAGUCAUGUUCUUUGAUUCACUUUCUGUUCUGUACGCCGUUUAUACAUUUGGAGAAAAGUCUUUUGUGUAACAUCACGAACACGUUUACAAGUAAUGGCUGCAUAGAGACUGUAAAACCAAAGGACUAACCUUGCAGUUGGAGCGUUGCGUGCAGCUUUUGUACAUUUGCUCAGCAAACCCCGGGCUAAACUACAGUUGUCCAGCUACAACACGCGUGUCCGGAGAGCAUUGACCGGAGCUGGUCCGGAAUUAAGGGUUGAGAGUUGUCAUUAAAAAAAAAGAAAUAACGGAGGGAAAUCAAUUCGCUGAUUACAAAAGACUCUACAGGCAAGAUUGACACAGUCACUAUAAAAUCGGAGGUGCUUUCAGAUCCUGGAGGCAAAAUGAACAAAGUGUCCACUCAGUGCAAAACGGAGCAGCGGUGCUCAGCCGACGUGCCGAUCGGCUUCGUCGGCGCGGGGAACAUGGCCUUCGGGAUAACCCAGGGGAUCCUGAUGUCAGGGGAGGUCAGUGCUGAAAAUGUGAGAGUGAGCGCCCCAUCCUCCAACAACCUGGGCCGCUUUCGGGAAAUGGGCGUGGGCAUCACUCACUCCAACACGGAGGUGGUCUCCUCGUCUCGCCUGGUCUUCCUGGCGGUGAAGCCCCACCUGGUCCCAGGUGUCCUCCAGGAGAUCGCCUCUCAUGUCACUCGGGAGCAUAUCGUCGUCUCCGUGGCAGCAGGUGUCACCGUAGCGACGGUAGAAGCGCUCCUCCCACCGGACUCUGUCGUUCUCCGGCUCAUGCCGAACCUUCCCUGCCUGGUCCAGGAGGGGGCGCUGCUGUUCGCCCGCGGCUCCAAGGCCCGGCCCGAGCACGGGGCGCUCCUCAGGGACCUGCUGGCCCCCUGCGGGCUGGUGGAGGAGGGGCCAGAGUCGUGGAUCGACGCCCACACCGGGCUAAGUGGCAGUGGGGUGGCUUUUGUGUACCUGUUUGCGGAGGCGUUGGCUGAGGGCGGGGUGAAGAUGGGCAUGCCCAGUGCUCUUGCACACCGUAUCGCUGCUCAAACAGUCCUGGGUGCUGGGCGGCUGCUGCGGGACUCUGGGAAGCACCCAGCCCAGCUGCGCGCGGACGUCUGCACCCCCGGGGGCACCACCAUCUUCGGGCUCCACGAGUUGGAGAGGGGGGGCGUGCGGGCCGCCACCAUGGGGGCCGUGGAGGCUGCUACAGAGCGGGCGAGGGAGCUGGGCAGGAAGUGAGGUGCCGGGGAGCGGAUUACAUCGGGGACUGGAGAACGCGGCCUUUGAAAACCGCGCCCCUUUCGGACGGCGAGCGACGGCACAGGAAACGGCGCUUUUAAGACUGGAAUCGUUGAAAUGUUCCGUCACACCAGUUUACUUGCAUGCGAUUUUGUACGGUGCGUAUUCUGAAAAUAAGUCUGUGAGAUGUGAAGGAGGAACAAAAGACACUAGUUUCGACCCCACACAGGGGUCAUAGCAUAGUUUUCUGAUCUAUUACUUCCUUUCUGGUUCAUUUCCUGACUUGAAUUGACAUUGAUUAUAGAGCACUGCCAUGUUGUAUGUGGCAAAGAAUUUAAUGACAUGUCUACUUGGGGGGGAAAAAAAGCAAUGGUAAACAUUUCUCAUGUUUUUUCAUAAAUUUAACAUUAAAUUUUUCACAACCGCUUGUCCCGAAGCCACAUCUGUGUUCUUUGGUCUUAAGAGGGGGGGAAACCCCGGGUAUGUGUUUUAUAUGUACCAUUCUGGAAUAAAAAAUAAUGAAAUAAAAGAUGAGAAUGC